AUGCAACUCGUCAAGUUCUUCUCCCUCCUGUCUAUCGCUGCUACAGCUGCCGUCGCAGUGGACAUUCGUUUCUACGCCGCUCGAUCCUGCAGCGGUGGCUCCUACGCAUCCUGCACCAACAUCAGCGGGGCAAAGUGCUGCAACCUUGCAUCCACGCCUGCUGCUGCCAUCCUCUUUACCGGUGUCCCCAGUGGCUGUGAGGUCGUUGGCUAUGCUGGUCAGAACUGCGGGACCAGAGACGGCAUCCUCCGUGGCUCUGGGAAUUUGUGCUACCUGGGGGGAAGCGCCCUUUUCAGUGGGAUGUGGAGCAAGGCUUUCGGUCGUCAAGCAAUAUCCCAGGAUGGUGCUGACUGUGCCACGCCUGAUGUUUUCGUGUAUACCGGCACUGAUGGUCUCGAGCACACCAUCCAGAUCAACGAUAACGCACCGGUCGAGCUGCUCUUCGAGCUUGCAAACGAUGCUGACUGGGAAGGACUUGCCGCCAUCGAGUCUACUCAGGCUUAA